AAAGGAAAGAUGCCUUUCUUGGUGACUUACAUGUUCUAUAGCUUACAUACGCCCUUUUUCCAAAAGAAAUUGUAUCAUAGGUUCCAUUUUUCUUCCGAGGGAAAUUGGAAGUCCGGAAAGUCCGGCCUAUGAAAUUCAGGGGAAAAUGAGCGGGAAUUCUCCUCAUCCUGCAUCUCCAGAGCUUUUCAGAGCUGCCAGAUCAAACAAUGUGGAGGAACUGGAGAAGUUGCGACAGGAGGAGCUUGAUGUGCUCAACGAGGUUACCCCUGCAAAGAAUACCGCGCUCCACAUCGCUGCAUAUCAUGGCAGUAAGGAUUUCGUGGUAAAGUUGAUUGAAAUGGCGGAACAAGCUGAUUUACAGGCAGAUCUGCAAGGCAAAGGGAGGCUUGAGUUCUUGGCUAAGAAGAAUUUGCAGGGAAACACGGCAUUGCAUGAGGCGGCGAGUGGAGGGCAUACAGAGAUAGUGGAGGUUUUGCUGAAGCUAGAUGUUGAACUAGCGAGAUUGACGAAUAAAGCGGGCGAAACGGCCCUAUUUAAAGCUUCCUUGUCUGAAAAUUUGUACACCAUGAAAAUGUUUGAAAAGCUGCUGGAUGGGACGCCAUUGGAGAUGUACAGAAGAAAUUGCGAUGGUCAAACGCCUCUACAUUUUGCUGUCUUCAACAAAAAGUCAGACAUAAUUGAUAUUAUUUUGGAGCACAAACCCAUUCUUGUUUCAGAAGUAGAUGAUGUUGGUCGGACAACAUUACACAUUGCUGCAUUAAUACCCCCAUUGAAGGAGCUUGUUCCACCAUUUCAUUCUUGGUUGCAAACAAGGCAUGUCAAAGAAAAUAUAAAGAUUGCCAGAAAGCUUUUGGAUAAGGACAGAUCAUUAUGUUACAAAUUUGACAAGAAAUCAGAGUGUGCUCUUCAUAUAGCAGUGAAGGAGGGGAGUGUGGAAAUGGUGAAAACCAUAUUAGAGUAUUGUGAAGAUUCUAUAGAAUUGGUAGAUGAUAAGGGAAGAAACGCUCUUCACCUAGCUAUCAUGAAUGCAGAGCAAAUAUUUGACAUGAAUUCAGAUGUUAUCACACCACUAUUGCAUUGUCUUGUAGCUGCAUCAUCAAAAAGGUUGAUUAAUGAUCGUGACGAUGAGGGAGAAACAGCAUUGGACAUAGCAGUAAGAAACAUGGAGAAAGAUGAGCCACUUUUCCAUCAGAUCAUAAAGCUACUUAAGGAGAAUGGGGCAAUCUAUAAUGCAAAUGUGGUUGUGGAGGUAGAAGAAACAAAGAUUUCUACAUCGUGGUUAAAGUGGCGAAGUGAAAUAAUUUCUUUGAAUGCAGUGUUGAUUGCGACAAUUGCUUUUGCAGCACCCUUUGAUGUAUUGGGAGAAGAGCUAAUAAGAGAACCUGAAUUACACACAGGUCCAAAGUACCAAUGCAUAUUUUAUGUUUUUCUCUUCUACGUGUUUGUGAUAUCAGAUACAAUAGCAUUUGGUACUUCUAUUGGGUCAGCAGUUCUCUUAUUGUUUGCAGUUUUUGGAAAGAAGGAAGAUAGUCCUAUGGUUGAAACUAGUUUUUUGGCAGUGAUGGUAGCAUUAUUAGCAUUAUUGGUAGCAUUUGGCUCUGCAAUAACCCUUGUUGUGGGACGAAAAUAUCUAUGGUUGGCAUUGUCUGUGUGGUUUAUGUUGUGUGUUGUUCCUUUGGCAGUAAGGGUAAGGACUUUUCAUUCAAAACUCUACAUUUUCACAGAUAAAAAAUACUUCAACAAGUUCAUAUUGGAAGACCUUUUUGGUCUUAUAGUUAAUUUGAUUUGGUGGGUUCUUGAUAUAAUAAAUACAUUAUACUGGUGGGGCAUAAUUUAUCCAGCCAUUCAAUGGGUUGGAAAAUCUUGUACUGCCAUUUGGUUGGCUAUUUGUCAUUGAGAAUAUUUUAUUUUCAAAAUAAUAUUUUCUAUAUUUUUUAAUUG